AAUACCCCCAUUUCUAUUAUUCGUUUGAUAAGACAGCCCUUUGGUCGAAGAUUCGUGUGCACAGAGACACAACAUUUAACUAGUUCAGUAAAGGAAGUCUGAUGUAUACGUUCAAAUAUUAGAUCUUGUCGAAUCUUUUUCAAGUUUGUUCCCUGUGAAGCUUUCAUCAUAUUCGUCAAAGGUUUAGUCUGAAAUAGGUCUUCAUUUGAAAAAAGUUAGUUAAUUUCGUUGCAAAACUGAAACAGGAAGUUAAAAAUCUUUCCCGCUUUAACAAACAGUAGCAACAACAAAAAAUAAAAGACUGUUAGUCUGAACAUAUUUAGUUGUUGCCCUACCGUGUGAGAAAGCAAAUAAUACUCGUCCAGUUGUAAAGAUUUGUCUACUAAAGAAUGGGAAGAUACACAGGAAAGAAAUGUCGGUUGAUAGGAAUGCUCUCAUUAACAGGCAGUUAUUUCCUAGUUGAAAUCAUUGUAGGCUACUUAACAAAUUCGACAGCUUUAAUAGCUGAUUCUUUUCAUAUGCUCUCGGACGUCAUUGCUCUUGUCAUCGCAUUCCUGUCAAUAAAGAUGUCACCCAAAAAGUGGUCGAAGAACACUUUUGGCUGGGCCAGGUCCGAAGUCUUGGGUGCGUUAGUAAAUGCUGUUUUUCUUAUAGCUCUUUGCUUUUCCAUUUUUGUGGAAGCUUUGAAACGUUUCUUUGAUCCCGAGGAAAUUUAUGAUCCUGUCUUGAUCCUUUACGUGGGGGGUUUCGGGUUACUUGUAAAUAUUAUUGGCUUGUUCCUCUUCCACGAGCACGGUCAUAGUCACGGUGGCCAUCAUCAUGAUGGAAAGUCCACCAAAUCCUCUAGUGUAGAGCAACUAAAAGAAAACGACACACAAAAAAACGAAGCUAUUUUCAGCAUAGAUAUGAAUACACCUGCUGUAGAUGGAGCUCAGAAACCUAAGAAAAAAUUGGACAGUAGUACCCAAAUGAACAUGAAAGGAGUUUUUCUUCACGUGUUGACUGACGCUCUUGGAUCUGUGAUCGUUAUCAUCAGCGCCUUGAUCAUUUGGCUGACAUCCUGGGAAUAUCGAUUUUAUGUUGACCCAGCAUUAAGCGUUAUUAUGGUAUGCCUCAUCAUGGCGUCAACGUGUCCUUUGUUGGCAGAUUCCGCCAGGAUUUUAUUGCAGACAGUUCCAACGCACAUUGAAGUAAAUAACUUAGAAAAGAAACUACUUCAAAAGGUCGAUGGGGUGCUAGCUGUUCACGAGUUCCACAUCUGGCAGCUGACUGGAGAGCGAAUCAUUGCUUCGGCCCACAUUUUAUGUCGUGAUGUGCAUCAGUACAUGGAAACUGCUGAGAAAGUGAAAGAAUUUUUUCAUGAACAAGGGAUUCAUUCAACAACGAUUCAGGCUGAAUACAUUGAGUCAGAAUACGUUCAUCAAGAUUGUGUAUUAGAUUGUCCCACGGAGAAUAAUUGCAAGCCACAAACAUGCUGUGGGCCUCGAAAUUUGAAAGAAAAGAACGCCACAUCAAAUAAAUCAGACACAACCAACUUAAUAACGCCACCUAUAUCUUAUAAUCAACAGAUAAGUGACAUCUCCACUGCCGAAGGAAAUGGUCCAUAUGAUACAGCGUUGAUGGUUGGUUGUUAUGGGAACUUCAAGAAAAUAACUGAUGCUGAGUGAAAUCAAUGUUAGUUUGUGAAGACGGAACCAAGUGUAGUAACGUUAUGGAACACUUCAUGCUACAAAGUAAAUCCGUGUAUACAGAGACUGAAUAAUAGUUUAAUUAUUUUCACUAAGUCUGUUAAAACAGCGAAAUAUUUAUUAUCAAGUGAAUAGUUACAAACUAAUAUAUAUAUAACAGAUAUCUUGUGUUUUGGGAUGUAGGUAGAGCGUAUUAUAAAAUUGGUUCAUAUUUCGA